CGUGCAUGGAGAAACAUCUUAACACCAAAUGCGAACAUGCGGAUUGUGAACGUGCCAUUACUGGUACCUGGUGCACGCCGGAAAUUUUGAAAGCGCUUGACUGUGGAUAUGGCGUAGUCAAAAUCUUUGAAGUCUGGCACUUUGACAAGCAUGAAGACCGACUGUUCGAAGGUUAUAUUAAUCAGUUCCUUAAAAUCAAAACGGAGUCCAGUGGAUGGCCCGCAGAAAUUCAGACGGAAGCGCAGAAACAAAAGUACAUUGCGGAUUUUAAAGAACACGAAAACGUUGAUUUGGACUAUGAAAAAAUAAAUUCGAAUCCAGGUUUAAGGGCACUAGCCAAGCUGUGUUUGAACAGUUUUUGGGGCCGCCUGGGAAUGCAGGACAACAAAUUGAACACCAUGUAUAUCAGUGAACCUGAAAAGUUUUACAGUAUGCUAUUGUCGGGAAAGCACCACGUGAAUUCUUGGGAUUUAUUCACGGAAGAAAUUGUUCAAAUUACGUACACAACCGAACCCGGAUUUGUCGACCGUAAUCCUAAUACGAACGUCAUUCUUGCAGCAUUUACUACCUGCUGGGCGCGACUACAUUUACUGAAGUUUAUGGAGAUGGUUGAAGGUCGACUGCUGUAUUUUGAUACCGACUCAAUAUUUUUUGUGACUCGUCCGGGAGCUGUUGAUCCUCCUACCGGAAUUUUUCUCGGUGAUUUAACAAACGAAUUGAAGCCAGGACAAUACAUAACACAGUUUGUCAGUCUGGGAGCCAAAACCUAUGCCUACGUUACCAACGAUGGGGCCAGCGUUGUCAAAGUUAAAGGUUUCACCAUAAACGGACGCACUAGCGAGCAGAUCAACUAUACAACGAUGCUGGACAUGCUGGAAAACCGCAACGUAGUCGAUAUAUUGUAUAAACCAUGGAGUUUCUUGACUUGUUGGCACAAAAACGACCGCAAGGAGGAUUUACAAAGCGAAAACGCCCAGGAGCCGAAGACGAUACCAACCCGGAAGCAAAGAAAGCUAAAGGUGGCGCACUAAUAGAAGGUACGCCAACGCAUCCACGCUUUGCUUUUACACAGAACGGCAAGCCGGUUUAUCGACUGGGCAACGACAAGUUCGUGUAUGUUGGUACGAAUACGGACGCAAAGAAAAGUACGAUUCGCGUUGUUUUCGGGGAAUGGAAAGAACAGCCUGAUAACUCCUGGAAAGCGACUUGGGGGAAAAACAUUGUGCUCUCCAAGAAAGGAUUUCUCCGUUUGGCGGCUCUUAUGCUGACUGGAAAAUCCGACAUGGACGAGACUGCCCGCGCCAGUUCAGCAGAAACAGGGAGGUUGACACCAUUGUACUUACUAGAUGGAAGUAUGUAUUUUGGUUGGAGUCGUUUCAGCAACGCAAACGUGGCUACGAUUCGUCGAUUCAAUGUGAAAGCUGGCGACAUGGUCCCGACCCGUUACGGUAUUUCGUUCGGUGAGCGCUGUUAUGACGGACUGAAGGAACUGCUGAAGGAUCUGCAGUUGAUUAAAGACAUUGCCAAGAUUCAGAAGGAAAGUGGCACUGAGGAUCCGAUUUUGGAAGGUUUAGCGUACACUGAACUGGAUGAAAACAUAGCUGAUGCCUUGGUUCCACUGGUAAAACUGAUGGACGACGGGACUGGACCGAAGAAUUACACCGAAAAUUACCGCCCAUCGGAUGCUGAAUGGAACGGAGCUAAAGAACGUCUAUUGGAACUGCGCAUUGUGCAUGGUAUCUUGUUUGGGUUAGAAAAGCUGGGAAUUGAGCAAGCUCUGGAAAUGGAUGUGGAGUCUUAUUUAAUGUUGCAUGAGAAUCGUAUUCGUGGAAAUGUUGGGCGCACUAUUGCAGCGGAUAAUUGUUGACGUGUUAAAUUGGUUAGCAAUAUAAACCGGCACUACUUGUUUUCAUAUUUUUAUUUCAAUAAACGCUUGCAUAUUUGCCAAAGCAGAGCCCCAUCAAUCAUGUUUGUAUUUAU